CACGCGCGGCCGCGGGCCCGCCCCCGUUCCCCCGGCGCUCAGAGCCGGAGUCCGCGGGAAGAUGGCGGCGCCGCUCAUCCCCCUCUCCCAGCAGAUGCCCGCUGGAAACCCACUGUAUGAAUCUUACUACAAGCAGGUGGACCCAGCGCACACAGGGAGAGUGGGGGCCAGUGAAGCAGCACUGUUUCUGAAGAAGUCAGGGCUGUCAGACAUCAUCCUGGGGAAGAUAUGGGACUUGGCUGAUCCAGAAGGUAAAGGGUUCUUGGACAAACAGGGUUUCUAUGUUGCACUGAGGCUGGUGGCGUGCGCGCAGAGCGGUCAUGAAGUCGCCUUGAGCAAUCUGAGUGUCAGCAUGCCUCCACCCAAAUUCCAUGACACCAGCAGUCCACUGAUGGCCACACCACCUUCUGCUGAGACCCACUGGGCCGUGAGGGUGGAGGAGAAGGCAAAGUUCGAUGGCAUUUUUGACAGCCUCUUGCCCAUCAGUGGCUUGCUGUCUGGAGACAAGGUCAAGCCCGUCCUCAUGAACUCCAAGCUACCUCUCGAUGUGCUGGGCCGGGUCUGGGACCUCAGCGACAUUGACAAGGACGGACACCUGGACCGGGAUGAGUUUGCUGUGGCCAUGCACUUGGUGUACCGGGCCCUGGAGAAGGAGCCGGUGCCCUCCGUCCUGCCCCCAUCCCUCAUCCCACCCUCCAAGAGGAAGAAGACUGUGUUCCCCGGUGCUGUGCCCGUCCUGCCCGCCAGCCCCCCACCCAAAGACAGCCUCCGCUCCACGCCGUCCCACGGCAGCGUCAGCAGCCUCAACAGUGCGGGCAGCCUGUCGCCCAAGCACGCCAUCAAGCCAACGCAGCCGCCAGCGACGUGGGUGGUGCCUGUGGCCGAUAAGAUGCGCUUUGAUGAGAUCUUCCUGAAGACCGACCUGGACCUGGAUGGCUACGUGAGUGGCCAGGAGGUGAAGGAGAUCUUCAUGCACUCGGGCCUCUCCCAGAGCCUCCUCGCACACAUCUGGGCCCUGGCAGACACGAGGCAGACGGGGAAGCUAAGCAAAGACCAGUUCGCACUAGCUAUGCAUUUCAUCCAGCAGAAGGUCAGUAAGGGAAUCGACCCCCCGCAAGUCCUGUCGCCCGACAUGGUGCCGCCCUCGGAGAGAGGCACUUCUGUCCCGGACAGCUCCAGCUCGCUGGGCUCUGGGGAGUUCACUGGUGUGAAGGAGCUGGACGACAUCAGCCAGGAGAUCGUCCAACUGCAGAGAGAGAAGUACUCACUGGAGCAAGACAUCAGGGAGAAGGAGGAGGCCAUCCGACAGAAAGCCAGCGAAGUACAGGAACUACAGAAUGACCUUGACCGGGAAACCAGCAGUUUGCAGGAGCUCGAGGCACAGAAGCAGGACGCCCAAGACCGCCUAGACGAGAUGGACCAGCAGAAGGCCAAGCUCCGAGACAUGCUGAGCGACGUCAGGCAGAAGUGCCAGGACGAGACCCAGACGAUCUCAUCGCUGAAAACCCAAAUCCAGUCCCAGGAGUCAGACCUGAAGUCCCAGGAGGAUGACCUGAACCGGGCCAGGUCGGAGCUGAGCCGGCUGCAGCAGGAGGAGACGCAGCUGGAGCAGAGCAUCCAGGCAGGGCGGGUGCAGCUGGAGACCAUCAUCAAAUCCCUCAAGUCCACACAGGACGAGAUCAGCCAGGCCAGGAACAAGCUGUCACAGCUGCAGGAGAGCCACCUGGAAGCCCACAGGAGCCUGGAGCAGUACGACAAAGCGCUUGAUGGGGUCCCUGGUGCUGGCCUCAGCGAAGGCGUCUCCCUGGUGGAGAGGGGCGGUUUUGGAGCCAUGGAUGAUCCUUUCAAAAAUAAAGCCUUGCUAUUCAGCAACGACAGCCAAGAGCUACACACGGACCCCUUCCAGACAGAGGACCCCUUCAGGUCCGACCCCUUCAAAGGGGCCGACCCCUUCAAAGGUGACCCGUUCCAGAAUGACCCCUUUGCUGAGCAGCAGACAGUGGCAACAGAUCCAUUCGGAGGAGACCCUUUCAAAGAAAGUGACCCAUUCCGCGGCUCUGCCACUGACGACUUCUUCAAGAAACAGACGAAGAACGACCCGUUUACCUCAGACCCAUUCACAAAAAACCCUUCCCUACCUUCCAAGCUCGACCCCUUUGAGUCCAGCGACCCAUUUUCGUCCUCUGGUGCCUCCUCGAAAGGAUCAGAUCCGUUUGGGACACUGGACCCUUUCGGAAGCGGGUCAUUCAACAGUGCCGAGGGCUUUGCGGACUUCAGCCAGAUGUCCAAGCCCCCACCUUCUGGCCCUUUCUCCUCCUCCUUGGGAGGUGCAGCAUUCUCAGAUGACCCCUUUCAAAGUAAACAGGACACUCCUGCUCUGCCUCCAAAGAAGCCCGCUCCUCCUCGGCCUAAACCGCCCAGCGAAGCAGUGCCUGGACAGAAGCCCUGUGCGCUGUACACACUGCUGGGUGGUAAAAGCACACCCGUAAGCCAGCUCGGUUCUGCAGACAUCCCCGAGCCCCCCGAUCCGUUCCAGCCACUCGGGGCUGACAGCGGCGACCCGUUCCAAAAUAAAAAGGGGUUUGGGGACCCGUUUAGUGGAAAAGACCCAUUUGUCCCCUCUUCUUCAGCUAAACCUUCUAAGGCCUCUUCCGCGGGCUUUGCGGACUUCACCUCUGGUGGCAUGGGACGCCCGUUUCUGUUCUUCACAGCGGGCUCUGUGACCGGGUCACACAGGGACCAUCUUGCUCAUUGAGUUUUGGAAGCCAUGCUGUGAGAUGCUUCCCAAGUGGACAGUGGGACCCCACUGUCCCCCGCAAAGUCAUUAUGCCCUGCUCUGCUCGUCCCGCCCACGCGCGUCCUGUGCGGCGGUGCGGGGAGAAGGCCGGGCCAGGCGGGACGCUGAGGGGAGAGCUGGGUGGCUGCUGACCGUUGACAGGAGAGGGGCUUGCCGUGCGGCCCAGGCUGGCCUGGAACCUUUGACCGUCCCGCCUCCACCUCCCGAGGGCUGGGAUCCAGACGAGUGCCACCAAGAGAGAGCGAGCUGAUGAAUUUGCGAUUUGUAUUUUGAUCAGCAGCAAUGAGAAGAAGUUGAACGUGGAUCAACCACGCUGAGGCCUUUGCCUUGGAGGGCACGGCCUGGGGUUGUGGCUGAAGUGGCAGUGCACCUGCCUCGCCAAGCCACCUCGGCCAUGUCCCCCAGCAUUGCACCCCCACGGUGCAUGCCUGGCGACCUGGUUGAUGUCGUCGACGCCUAGCACAGGUCAGCACACACCGUGGAUGUGUGCAGAAGGGUAACCUUGUUAGUCACAGCCACAAACUAAGCCACUUUGUCUGGAGGUUUUCCAGUAGCACUGGGCUUGCUUUUGGUGGAAAAGUCAGCAACGCGGAGGAAAACACACGGCGCUGUUCACGCAGGACUCAGGUACCAGGUCUGGGGGAGAGCCGGCAAGUGGGCCCAAUGGCGGCUGGAAGAAAUGGCGGUGUCCUUGCUGAGAUGCACAGUUCUGUUUCCUGUGACCCCAAGCCCAAAGGGCUCGUGCUUUGAAAACUUUUUUUUUUUUUUAAAUAAACAACCAAGGUUUCAAGGUGUCACUCAGCCUAACAUUUCUGGUCCUUCCAGAACAGACACUGACUGGGAUUUUAAAGCAUCCCCCUCCCCGGGCAAGAAAUCAGAUUCCGCCUGGUGUAGCCCUCAGCCCUGGUGUCUGUUAUUUAAAGUCACCUUUCCCACUGCCGAGGCCACCGUGUUUCCAGCUGAACUUACAGACAGCUCACCACCCGCUCUGAUGGGACACAGUGAGGGAGGGACGGCGUCCCCUCGGUCAGAGCGUCAGCACCGCUCUCAGGUCCUGGCCGAUCGGCCGGUGGCUUCUGGGUCGCAGCGUUUCCACCACCUGUAGCAAAUGCCAUCACUCUCUGACGGAUGGGCGGCAGGGAUCAGAGCCGCCCGGGGCUUCCUGUCACCUGUGCCAAAGCAGGGCACGCUGCGCCUUCCUCCCCGUGGCGUGCAGAGGGACACACGGGAGCCACCAGUUUAUGGGCCUGGAAUUUCCUUCCCUCAGUGGCCGACUGUGCUGCUGGCUUGACAAGUGUCUUCUGCCUAGAGUCCCCUCAGAACGAGCCUGUGUGUGGCCCUGUGUCCGUCGGCAAGUGACCCGCGCAGGGUAGCCGGGGCAGGUUCACGGUCAGGACCAGUGCUGACUAUAGGAGGGCGAGCCGCCACUGCCUCAGAGUGUGGUGGCUUCCCGAGAGGAAAGGCUGUCACCACCUCUGUCCCUGAACCCGUGGACUGUGGAUUCCUGAGAUGCUGCAACAUGAAGCCUCUUCUCGUGCAGCCUGUUGACGGUGAUGUGUGGAGAGGAAGGACGGCUGCCCUGUGCCUGCUCUGUCCUUGUCCCUGACGGCACAGAAGGAAGCACAGGUCAGAGCCGAGGACCGGCCGCUGUGCCCCAAGAUCUGCCCCAUGUCGUGGCCCUUCCUGGUCAGAGAAGCAGGAGGCGUCCCGUCGCAGCGGCGCCAGCCAGCCUGGGGAAGGUCUUCUCCCCAGAGAGAAUCCCUUUCUGGAAACUUCUCUCCGACACUGCAGUCCCCAAGGGCAGUCUCCACGUGAGGUCCCCACGCUGGCCUGGAGCCGGGUCUCUGAAGGCACCUGGAACUUUCCUGUCACUGCGUUUCACGUGCAGGCUCGGAUCCCUUGAGUGGAGGCUCAUUGAUGGAGCUCUGUGACUCUGGGUGACACUCUGUGACUCUAGACCGUGGUUUGGAAGCAGGCUGCUUGCUUGGCCCCAUGGGCCCAGGUUCUGAGCUGUGGUCCCCAAAUACCCCACCCCUCCAUGCUGGAGGACAGCAGGGUCCCUGUCAUCAGUCUAGCUGUCCCCUCCCUCUGUCGUCGGUCACUCUGUGAAGACAGCUCCCUGGCAUUUGAUGUCCCCUUGUUUUUCUCCCAGAGGCAUUGGAAAAUUCCCAAAAGCAGGGAAGGGGAGGGCUGUGUCUGUGGCUCAUGGUGGAAGCAGAUGAGGAGGAGCCAGUUUUCAGGGGUCCAUCCUGGGGACCCCACGGGUUUAUCUGGACAGCCCAAGGCUGGCCUUUCCUCCCAGGGGCGCCUUCUUCAUUCUGACACUGACCAAGGGGAGGGAACCUCCUGGCUCCGCCUCGCUUCAGGGUCACAUCUGGCUCUGAGCCGGGUCCCUUCCACUCACCUGCUUCCCCGUCCCCUGUUCCCUUCCAGGAGCACACAGGGAGGCCUGGGCUCCACCUUCCUGGGCUCCUGUGACCCCUUCUCCUCCCACCCCGAGUUCUGUUCCCAGCUGCAGUGCAGAGCAUUGAACUUCCCACGGGGACCCUCCCACGGUCCCCAGGACCAAAGGCUGCCCCCGCCAGUUACAGCGGACAGCCACUUCCCCUGCCUCGGUGUCCCCAGCUGUCAGAGGACCAAGAUGAUGGCGGUCCACCCUGAUGGUGUUGAGGGCUGAGUUCUAGGGGUGGCCCCGUGCCUCCCUCUCCAGCCCCCCUGCUGGAGUCCACCAGUCCAGUGGGCCUGGUCACGUUGGUGUCAUUUGCGGGUCUGUCUGUUCCCAAAGCCAGGGCGAGAGGAGCUGGUGGAUGCGGCUUUAUGGUUUGCAGUCACCAGUCUUAGGACCGAGAUGGUUUCCUCCCCAUCUUGAGAACAAUUUAAGGGACACGUGCGGUGGUGCCCACCUGUGGUCUCAGCCUUUGGGAGGCUGAGGCCGGAGGAUCGUGCAUUCGAGGCCAGCCUGGUCUACAGGGAGACCUUGUCUCAAAAAAACAACAGAAAGGAAAGAAGAGUAACACUCAGUGGCGGGGACGGGGGUGUAGCUCAGGGGACCUGGGGUACCAGGCCAGGUCCCAUCCCCAGCGCAGGCGAACGGUGGCGCUGCAGAGCUGGGGCAGGUGGGUGGCCUGGGCCUUGUGGCCCGCAUCCCUGGCCCGCAGUGGCCUCACCCUGCC